AUGUCUGCAUCCUAUGCGGGCAAUGAAAUAAUCGAACUUUACAUCCAAAAGGUCAAACGUGGAUGUAAAGAAGACAAGAUAGACCAUAUGUGGACCCAGAUUCUGCGUUUCUAUUUUCCACUCCAAGAAGGGUAUGGCAUAGAGCGCGAGCCUUACACAACUGAAACCACACGCGCUCGGGCCAAUAUCGUGGUCACAAAUGUUCGAGAAAACAGGACCAACAAAGUGUUAUUUGUUGAGUGCAAGCCUUUAAAGGCUAAGAUUCCAACUUUCAGACAUACCGCCACGCCUUAA